AUGUUCGCCGCCGCCUUUGCUUUCCUCAGCGCCGUCGCCUUUGCCGACGCCACCCAAGUCAAGUCCGUCAAGGCCGGCAACGACCCCAUCCGCCAGCAGGGCAACUGGACGCUGCACGACAUCGCGUCCUCUGCGAUCAUCCUCGAGGAUGCGCCCGCCGACGCGCCGUCCAAGCUCUCCGCGUCGCUCAUCCUCGACGAGUUCCGCAUGCAGUGCCCGUACGGCGACCACGUCGGUGCUCUCAUCCCCGUCGAGGGUGCGAGCCCGAAGCAGUACACGCUGCAGUUCGUGAAGGACGACGCGCAGCUACCUGACGGCGCCAUCAAGGACGGAUGGUUCCAGUCGGACGCGACGGAUGACCUUAGCCACCCCGACCUGCAGAAGCUCGGGAACUCCAAAGUCGGCGAGAACGGUAUCUUCGACGUUGUCGACGGCAACUUCGACUUCCCCGCGCUUACCUGGGUCGAGAAAUCUGCCGAUGCUGGCGAAGGCUUCGAGAUUCUGGUCGACUACUCGCACGACCUCACCUGCUAAGCGCUCAGCGACAGGCGUAUUAGAGUAUGGAGAGUCAUUGUGUUCU